UCGCGAACUUUGAUGAGGGAAAACUUAAAAAAAAAAGUAAUGAGCAAAGUUCGGAAUUGUCGUUUAGCUUUGUGCGAAUCGUGUGAUUGCAAUUAUCAAUUAAAGUUGGCGUUAAAUGAAAUAAAAUGCGAGGCAGUGUAGUGUUCGACGCGCCUUUGAGGUGUUUCGCAGUGAGAGUUGGAAGGACUCGAGCGUGGAUUGGAUUGGAUUCUUUGGAGGAUACUUACUGAGUUGUCGCUUUGUGGAUUUUGAUUUACCGGUUAGUGCUUAUUUGGAUAAUUAUUUUUUUUUUGGGGCAGGUGAAAAUUAAGAGAUGGAAAUGUUUGUGGGAAUUUGGCCUGAAUACUCUGUGCGUGUUUUGCGAUGGAAAAAAUAGAUUUUUGGCAGACGCGCUUCGGAAUGCGUUACUUAACGGAUCUCUUUGUUUUUGGGGGAGGGCAACAGAUUACGAUGAUGAUUAUGUUGAUGUUUGCGCGCACUGAACGGAAGGGUGUAAAUUUAGAAUCGAUCGACGUCCGCGGAGUGCGGUAUUUGCGUCGAUGAUGGUGAUAUGAAGUCACUGGUAGAGAGAGAUUUCGCAUGCACGAACUAAAGAGUAGAGGAAAAAUUUUGUUGUCGCGAGCCGGAAAAGCGGAAGCCAUCUUGGAUUCGGUCGAAUUUUCCGACGUUGAAAAAUAUGGAGAAGCGGCAGAUUUGCAGGUGGAGGUCGACCUGCAUCUCGACCGCUACUGCGUCUAAACAACGGUGCGGUCUUUGUCUUGCGCGCUGCUUGCAUCAUCGAUCCAGUGAGCGCACUUGUUUGUGCUUGAACCACGGAGAGAACAAAGAACUUUGAAAUCUUUGCUUUUUAUGUUUGUUUUGUAUUUUUUUGCUCUCUCUCUCUCACUCUCUCGAUUCAUUGCAUGGACAUCGCGAGGAAAAGGACCGCAGGACCUUCGGAGAUAAACCGCUUCGAUGUUCUUCUCCAGGUUGAGAAAACUCAGUCCUCUGAGGAGGAAAGCGACCAUCGUCGGUCUGACUGUCUCCUCCUCGACCGGCGUCUAUCUGGCAGUUAAAGAUCCCACGGAUCUUUCAUCCACCAUCGGCGCUGGCAUUAGGUUUCUACGAUCAAUAAAAAUCGGAAUGAUGAUAUCGCUCGAUUACUACAUAUCGAUGUUGGGUUUAACUGAGGGUCAAGGGAAUUACGAGUACAUGAUGAGCGCUACUCAUCAGAGAGCGGCCAACCGAAUAUUGGAGGGUUGUUUGGUAAAUGGAGGAACUUAUAUAAAAAUAGGCCAGGGAUUAGUUAGUUUAAGUCACAUUCUGCCUAAAGAGUUUAUCAAGACUUUGACGCAACUGCAAGACAAAUGUUUGGUGAGGGCGGACGACGAAAUCAAGACGCUUUUCGUCGAGGAUUUCGGUAAAACGCCGGAUGAAAUUUAUAAAAGUUUCGAUACAGAACCAAUAGCUGCAGCCAGUUUGGCGCAAGUGUAUAGGGCGACGACCAAAGAUGAUCAGGAGGUGGCGGUUAAAGUGCAGUACAUAGAUCUGCAGAAGAGAUUCGUUACAGACGUGGCGACAAUCAAUUUCCUGCUGAAGGUGGUCGGCCUGAUGCAUCCCAACUUUGAUUUCGGUUGGAUAGUGGCGGACGUGGUGGGCAGUCUCCGACAGGAGCUUGACUUCCUCAACGAAGGAAAGAAUUCGGAGCAGUGCGCCAAAGACCUGAAGCAUCUUAGUUUCGUGCACGUGCCUAAAGUGUUCUGGGAUCUGAGCAGUCAGAGGGUUCUGGUCACCGAGUACGUUGAUGCCAUCAAGAUCAACAACAAGGAGGCCCUCCAGAAGAACGGUUUCUCUCUGACCGACAUCAACAACAAACUGUUCAAGACUUUCGGCGAGCAGAUCUUCCAAACUGGUUUCGUGCACGCCGAUCCGCACCCCGGAAAUGUUUUAGUUCGGAAGCACGAGAAGAGAACGCAACUGGUUUUGUUGGAUCACGGCCUGUACCAGCGGAUGUCGAACGAAAAUCGGGUCGCUCUGAGUCACUUCUGGAAAGCCAUCGUCCUUAAGGACCACAAGGCCAUGGCCAAAUACUCCCUCGAUUUAGGUGUCAAAGAUUAUGGAAUGUUGGCCGAGGUCCUCACACAAAGGCCUUUAAAAUCCAAGAAUUUCAGGCUCAUCAGCAAGUUGAGCGAUGAGGAGCUCAAAUACAUGGCGCAAUUCGCGCAGCAGAGGUUCGAUCUCAUCAUGGACACGCUCAAGAGCAUGCCUACAAGCUUGCUCUUCGUGGUGAGAAACUUAAACACGAUUCGUUCGAUAGCCCACGACCACGGUGACCCUAUAGAUAGGUACACGGUUUUGGCCAGGGAAGCAACCAAAACCGCUUUCAGCACUGAAAAUAAUUUCAUCAAAAGAUUAACUGUGAUCCCGAGUAGAGUUUACUUUGAAAUACAAUUACUGAAUGGAAGAUUGAUGGUAUGGUUUAUGAGGACAUUUUUAAAUAUAUUGUAUAUGUUGGGGAGGUCGCCUGACGCGAGUUCGAUCAUCUCCAAGAUUGUUUAAGUUUUAUUUUAUUGUUAUUAAUAAAGUUAUAUAUAUGUACAAUUUGCAUUGUAAAUAAAGGUUUGACUUGUUCAAAUAAAAUGUUAAUUAAUUUAUUGGUCUGGCAA